CAUGGCCGGACCCCCCUGCAUCUUGCUGCCAAUAAGGGCCAUCUUCCUGUGGUCCAGAUCUUGCUGAAGGCUGGCUGCGACCUCGAUGUCCAGGAUGAUAUACUGAUUUAUGACAUGGUAAGGACUGAGAAUUAGUUGAAGAAUGACCUCCAGUGGCUUGGAGUGGGAUUAUUAUGAAUUUCAACCUGUGGAAACCAGUUCUUUAGAUUAUGCAACUCCAGGAGCAAAUUCUCCCUUGCUUCCCGCCAAUCCUGUCAACUCUCAUUGGAGUGCUAAUGCCAUCUCUGAUUGGUCAAGUCACAUAGCCCCCACCUCAGAAAUAGUCCAGGAUGCUGUGGCCACAAUGAAAGCCAUGAAAGAAGACAAAAAUAAGAAAAACCACAGAGGGAAGGUUAGGAAGGACCCUAGAAGAUCAGAGAGAGAAAAAGAGGGGGACCAGACUGCCUUGCACCGGGCCACGGUGGUGGGGAACACGGAGAUCAUCUCCGCACUUAUCCGUGAGGGGUGUGCCCUGGACAGACAGGACAAGGAUGGGAAUACAGCCUUGCAUGAAGCAUCCUGGCAUGGUUUCAGCCAGUCAGCCAAGCUGCUCGUUAAAGCAGGAGCCAACGUGCUUGCCAGGAACAAGGCGGGGAACACGGCUCUGCACCUGGCCUGCCAGAACAGCCACUCCCAGAGCACACGCGUCCUCCUGUUGGCCGGGUCCCGCGCUGACCUCAAAAAUAACGCAGGAGACACCUGUUUGCACGUUGCUGCGCGCUAUAAUCACUUGUCCAUCAUUAGGCUCCUCCUCAGUGCUUUCUGUUCUGUCCAUGAAACGAACCAGGCUGGAGACACAGCACUUCACGUUGCUGCUGCCCUAAAUCACAAGAAAGUGGCCAAAAUCUUACUGGAAGCCGGAGCAGAUACAACCAUUGUUAACAAUGCAGGCCAGACUCCGCUGGAGACUGCCCGCUACCACAAUAACCCGGAAGUUGCUCUUCUCCUCACUAAAGCUCCCCAGGUCUUGCGCUUCAGUCGCGGGCGAAGCCUGAGGAAAAAGAGAGAGAGGCUCAAGGAAGAGAGGAGAGCCCAGUCUGUGCCAAGAGAUGAGGUGGCCCAAAGCAAGGGCAGUGUCUCAGCAGGAGACACCCCCAGCAGUGAACAGGCUGUGCCCAGAAAGGAAGAAGGCAAAGAAGAGUUCCUGUCAGCCUCCCCAGAACCCAGAGCAAAGGAUGACAAGAGGAAAAAGUCAAGGCCCAAGGUGUCAGCAUUUUCUGAUCCCACCCCACCAGCCGACCAACAGCCUGGACAUCAGAAGAACCUGCAUACUCAUAAUCAUCCUAAAAAGAGGAACAGGCAUCGGUGUUCAUCCCCGCCCCCACCCCAUGAGUUCAGGGCAUACCAGCUGUACACAUUGUACCGGGGCAAGGAUGGGAAAGUGAUGCAGGCACCAAUAAAUGGUUGUCGAUGUGAACCUCUUAUCAACAAGCUGGAGAAUCAGUUGGAGGCUACUGUGGAGGAGAUAAAAGCAGAGCUGGGAUCGGUUCAGGACAAAAUGAAUAUAAAGCUGGGGCAGAUGGAGAAUAAGACCCAGCACCAAAUGCGUGUUUUGGACAAGCUGAUGGUUGAGCGACUCUCUGCAGAGAGGACAGAGUGCCUGAACCGCCUGCAACAGCACUCAGACACAGAGAAGCAUGAGGGGGAGAAACGACAGAUAUCCUUGGUGGAUGAAUUAAAAACCUGGUGCAUGUUAAAGAUUCAGAAUCUGGAGCUGAAGCUUUCUGGAGAUUCUAGGGCCUCCAGAGCUAAAUCCACACCAUCUACUUGCGAGUCCUCUACAGGUGUGGAUCAGUCAGUGGUGACUGCAGGUCCAGCAGCAACUUCUGACAGCUCCCCUCCAGUAGUUAGGCCCAAGGAAAAGGCCCUCAACUCCACUGCUACCCAGAGACUCCAGCAGGAGCUGUCGUCUUCUGACUGCACAGGCUCCCGAUUGAGGAAUGUCAAGGUCCAGACAGUCUUGCUACCCCUGAAUGAGGCAGGCAGAUCUGAUCAGCAGGCUGGGCCCUGCGUCAACAGAGGCACUCAAACUAAGAAAUCUGGGAAAAGUGGGCUGACAAGGCAUCGCACCCAGCAACCUGCAGCCAGCAGCACCUGUGGGCAGCUGCCACCAGCAGGAGGCGAGCAGACUGGCCCUCACAUUCGGGACACCUCCCAAGCUCUGGAGCUUACCCAGUAUUUUUUUGAGGCUGUUUCUACCCAGAUGGAAAAGUGGUAUGAAAGGAAGAUUGAGGAAGCACGAAGCCAAGCAAAUCAGAAAGCCCAGCAAGACAAGGCUACUUUGAAGGAACACAUUAAAAGUUUAGAAGAGGAACUUGCUAAACUAAGGACUAGGGUGCAGAAGGAAAAUUAGCACCAAUAAAGUGGAAACAAGGAAGGAUUCUUGAAGAUUUCCAGUUUUGCAACUGCAUAGUAGUUAUGCCCAAGGAGUCAACUAUUGUAUAUAUUGCAGAUUUGCCUUUAUAAAAAAUCGCUAAUUACUACAGUGUGCCAGAUACAUGUUUCCUAUGCCCGGAAGUUAUGAAGGCCUCAACAAUUAAACUGAAGCCAGGGGAAGCUUGCUUAGUUUUGGGUUUAAGCCUCAGUCCAGGUUCAUCUGAAGUUUGAAAGCUCAGAUUAAGCAAGCCAUGCCAAGAAACCGAAUGAUGUGUAAGCCUAGACUAUAAAAUUCAAGAUGUGUGAAAUAAUAUGUCAAAAGCAAGAAAAACUUAAUCCCGUCUGAACUCCAGUAGUCAUUCAUAUAAAACUGAACACACCUACUGUGCCUAGACAAGUGUCUUUCUCUAAGAGAGCUGUAACUCUGAGAUGUGCUAAGUAAACCCUCUUUCUCAAAUUC